CAUUACUCAAUUUCCCAACCCCACAACAUAUACAAACUUCAACUCCUUAAUCCUACUUUUGUUGAUUUCUUGAUUAAAGUUCCCAUCAACUAGCUAGCUACUUCUUAAUUUUACUUAUUCUAGCUAGCUAGCUUGUUCAAUUUAUAACUUAACAUAUAUAUGGGUGACAACAACAAUGUCAAUCUUCCUCCUGGCUUUCGUUUCUGUCCCACGGAUGAAGAACUCGUCGUCCAUUUCCUUCAACGUAAAGCGUCCCUCUUACCUUAUCACCCUGACAUCAUUCCCGACCUUGAUCUCUACCCUUAUGAUCCUUGGGACUUAGAUGGUAAAGCUUUGGUGGAAGGGAAAAAGUGGUAUUAUUACAGUAGGAGGACACAAAAUCGAAUAACAACAAACGGGUAUUGGAAAUCAUGGGGAUGUGAUGAACAAAUCAUAAGUUCAAGAAGUAGCAAACGAGUUGGAGUGAAGAAAUAUUAUGUGUUUCAUAUUGGUGAUUCUCCUGAUGAAGGUGUUAAAACUAAUUGGAUAAUGCAGGAAUAUAGAUUUUCUGAUCAUGAUGCUAGUUCAUCUAGUAGCACAAGUAGUGGUAGACCCAAAAGAAGAAGCCACUCUAAAUUAGAUUUUAGCAAGUGGGUAAUAUGUCGAGUGUUCGAGCAUUGUGAUAGUGAGGACGAUGAUGACGGGACAGAGCUUUCAUGUUUGGAUGAAGUUUUCUUAUCGUUGGAUGAUUUUGACGAUAUCAGUUUUCCAAAUUAAGGAAGAUAAGAAAAAGGGAAAUUAAACAGAAUAUUAAUCAAGGGACCACAAGGAGUUAGAGGACUACUUAAUAUGUAGUUUUGCUUAAUUAGUUAAUGUCCAUUAUUUUUCUCAUAUUGUAUGUAUUAAUCCCCCCAAAAAAACCUCUUGUGUACAAUCAAGAAAUGACUUGUGGUAGUGUGAAUUCGAUUAAUAUCAAAAUUAAACUAAUUUUCGAUGAA